GGUGGGAAGGGGCCGAGUGGGGAGCCGCCAGUUCUCAGCCCCGGGGCCUCGGGGCGCCCCACCACAGUCACGGGAAGGACGGGUUGAGGCCCAGGGCAGAGUCCGCCAGCGGCCCGGGCGCUCCCGCAUCCCCGCCAGGCGCUAUGCCUGGGGCUGGCCAAGGGGCUGCAGCGCGCCCCCAGCGCCCUGAGUCCCCCGAGGAGCCGCUCGCCAGGGAGGACCUCCUCCUGGCAGCAGCCUAUGUUUCUGAUGCUCAAUACAACAGGAAUGUUCCAUUUGAAACAUCCCCUCAGGCCAUCAGACUUUAUUAUUUUUAUAACCACUGGACAAUGCAAGCCAUCACAUACUUCUUUAUUUGUAUAGACCUUUCUCUUGCCCUGUUUGAGGAACCGGCGUUGUUUCCCCUGCCUUUCUUGGCUACCUCCAUAGCAGAAGUGCUCUGUCUGACUGCGUUUUUUGGGAGACUCGUACAUUUUGCGAAAGUCACUCCUCAAAGGGUUUUCUGGAAGGAUACAAAAAAUAUCUGCGUCAUGUUAACCAUAGCGCUGACCUUGAUUGACCUAAUUAUCUAUGGGUCCCUGGAAACUGUGAACAUCCACAGUGUUCGAUGGUCUAGGGCCUUAAGGCCAGUCUUCUUAAUUAACUUUCCUGAAAGUCGUCAGAUCCGAAGGGCUUUCCGAAGCAUCCGGAACACUCUGCCCGACAUCCUCUACGUCUUCCUCUUGUUUAUGUUCAGCGUGCUCAUCUUCUCCCUUAUGGCCUUGAAACUUUUUGGGGAUAGGGGUCUUAAAACAGUGGAAGGAUCACCCUACUUCACCAACAUUCUGGAGAUAGCCUUUGAACUCUAUGUGCUGGUCACUACUGCGAACAGUCCGGAUGUUAUGAUGCCUGCCUAUGACUUCAAUUGGUGGUAUUCUCUGUAUUUUAUAACUUACAUCAUCAUCAAUACCUACAUCUUCAUGUCUGUCUUUCUGGCUGUGGUCUAUAACAAUUACAGGAAGCACUUAAAGAAUGAGAUUCGCAAACUGGCAUACCUGAAACGUCACAAGAUGACAGAGGCUUUCAACAUUCUGAAAGUCAAGAUGGACACGGAGUUUGUGGUUAAGGAGGCCCCAUGGAGACAGCUGGUCAAAGUUGUGGCGCCAGACAUUAGCAGUUCCCACCUGGAGCUCCUUCUAAGGAUCUGUGAUGAGGGGCAGAAAGGGUACAUGGACAAAACAAACUUUCUACGUUUGGCUGACCUCCUCAACAUUCAGGUGGUCACCAUCAAUGUCAAGACACACCCAUUGGAAACCUGGCUGCCUCGAGUAUACCAGUCAGCUGCAAGUCUGUUGAUCCAAAAGAUGGUUCGGCACAGGAUUUUUGUUUGGGUUUAUGAUGUCAUCAUACUUAUAAAUGCCAUAUUUAUUGCUCUGGAUGAGAAAAACCCGCUCAUUUCCUAUGCAGAAUGGCUCUUCCUUUCACUCUACAUUGUUGAAAUUCUCCUGAAAUUGUACACAUAUGAGCCCAGAGCCUAUUUUGGAAGGAAGCAGUUCUGGAACUGGUUUGAUACCCUGAUCAUCAUGGCAGCUCUGGUGGCCAUGGUAGCCAAUGCCACUAUCCAGUCAGCCAGGAAAUAUAACAGUCAGCAGAUACUGGAUAUCGUCUUGAUAUUGAGGAUACUCCGCCUCUUAAGGGUCAUUGUCAGCAUUCAGAGGUUCCGGGUUAUUGUGACCACCUUAAUUAACAUUGGCCCCACGAUGCUGACAUUUGGUGGACUUGUCUUGGUGGUCUACUAUGUGUUUGCCAUCAUUGGGAUGGAAGUGUUCCAUGGCAAAGUUCUGUUCUUUGAUCCAAAUUUCACUGCUCCUGGUGCUCUGGUGUGUGGGAACCCAGCUCUAGAAGACUCCAUCUUUGCCCAAAGCAGAUACUGCAGGAACAACUUCAAUGACCUCGCUUCUUCCUUCAUUGUGCUGGUGGAACUCACAGUGGUCAAUCACUUCACACUCCUGGCAAAUGGUUUUGCCCUUGUGACUCACCAGGUGGCCAAGCUGUAUUUCAUUGGGUUCCAUAUUGUGGUCGUCAUCCUCAUUGUCAAUAUUUUCAUAGCAUUCAUCUUAGAGGCAUUUUUUGUGGCAUAUUCACUAGAAAAAAGUGAAGUAGAAACUGCUAUUGAGAAGAAGAUUCAAGAGCUUGGAGUGGGAGUCCAAGAAGAAGAAGUGCAAGAUGGGAAACUCAUUGACAACGUGGACACCAAGGACUGCGGCUUUAGUGGGGAUGAUGGAGACAACAAAAGAAAGUCCUUGAAGGGACUGUACUUCAGAAUUGCUUCAAAAAAAUACAGGACUGUGGAUGCUUUACUGCAGAGGAUGUUUGAAUCUGAAAUUGCUCCAGAGGAUGAAGGUCCUUCUUUGGAUGAGAUUCUGAAUUUCUCACCCAGUGACAUAUAUCCUAAGAAUCCCAAUUUUGAAAACAGUGCUUGA